AUGGAGUGCGCCCUCCUGCUCGCGUGCGCCCUGCCCGCCGCCCGCUCGGGCCCGCCGCGGGCUCCGGCGGGGCUGGGGCGCGUGGCCAAGGCGCUCCAGCUGUGCUGCCUCUGCUGUGCGUCGGUCGCCGCAGCCCUAGCCAGUGAAGGCGGCGGCGGAUUAAACGUCGAUUACGUCUUUGUCACGCCGGUGGAAGUGGACUCAGGCGGGUCGUAUAUUUCACACGACAUUUUGCACAACGGCAGGAAAAAGCGAUCGGCGGGGAGUGCCGGCAGCUCCCCGCAUUACCGAUUUUCAGCAUUUGGACAGGAACUACAUUUAGAACUGAAGCCCUCGGCGAUUUUGAGCAGUCACUUUAUUGUCCAGGUACUUGGAAAUGAUGGUGCUUUGGAGACUCCGGAACCCGCAGUGCAGCGAUGCUUCUAUCAGGGAUUUAUCAGAAAUGACAGCUUCUCCUCCGUCGCUGUGUCUACGUGUGCCGGCUUGUCAGGUCUAAUAAGGACCCGAAAAAAUGAAUUCCUCAUCUCCCCGUUACCUCAGCUGCUGGCCCAGGAACAUAACUACAGUGCACCUGCAGGGCAUCAUCCUCACGUACUGUACAAAAGGACGGCUGAGGAGAAGGUCCAGCGUUGCCAUGGCUACCUAGGCUCCAGCGGGCAUCAUCCUGGUCACCCCCCGAAUCACAUGCCCCACACAUCUCGGAGUCAAGAAAGAGAGCAUCACCACCCAAGGUUGCAAAAGCAGCAUUUUUGUGGGCGACGCAAGAAAUAUGCCCCUAAGCCUCCCACGGAGGACACCUAUCUCAGGUUUGAUGAAUACGGGAGUACAGGGCGACCCAGAAGAUCAGCUGGAAAGUCACAAAAGGGCCUAAAUGUGGAAACCCUUGUAGUAGCAGACAAGAAAAUGGUGGAAAAACAUGGCAAGGCAAAUGUCACCACGUACAUUCUCACAGUCAUGAACAUGGUUUCUAGCCUAUUUAAAGAUGGGACCAUUGGGAGUGAUAUCAACAUUGUUGUGGUGAGCCUCAUUCUUCUGGAACAAGAACCUGGAGGAUUAUUGAUCAACCAUCAUGCAGACCAGUCUCUGAAUAGUUUCUGUCAAUGGCAGUCCGCCCUCACUGGAAAGAAUGGCAAGAGGCAUGACCAUGCCAUCCUCCUCACGGGAUUUGACAUUUGUUCCUGGAAGAAUGAACCAUGUGACACUCUAGGGUUUGCCCCCAUCAGUGGAAUGUGCAGUAAGUACCGAAGUUGUACCAUCAAUGAGGACACAGGGCUUGGCCUGGCCUUCACCAUUGCUCAUGAGUCAGGGCACAACUUCGGCAUGAUUCACGAUGGGGAAGGCAAUCCCUGUAGGAAGGCUGAAGGCAAUAUCAUGUCUCCCACACUGACAGGAAACAAUGGGGUGUUUUCCUGGUCUUCGUGCAGCCGGCAGUAUCUCAAGAAAUUCCUUAGCACACCUCAGGCUGGGUGCCUGGUGGACGAGCCCAAGCAAACAGGACAGUAUAAGUAUCCAGACAAACUACCAGGACAGAUUUAUGAUGCCGACACACAGUGCAAGUGGCAAUUUGGAGCAAAAGCCAAGUUAUGUAGCCUUGGUUUUGUGAAGGACAUUUGCAAGUCCCUUUGGUGCCACCGAGUGGGUCACAGGUGUGAGACCAAGUUCAUGCCCGCGGCAGAAGGGACCGUUUGUGGCUUGAGUAUGUGGUGUCGGCAAGGCCAGUGCGUAAAGUUUGGGGAUCACGGGCCCCGGCCCGUCCAUGGCCAGUGGUCCGCCUGGUCGAAGUGGUCCGAGUGUUCCCGAACUUGUGGUGGCGGAGUCAAGUAUCAAGAGAGACACUGCAAUAACCCCAAGCCUCAGUAUGGUGGCAAGUUCUGUCCAGGUUCUAGCCGUGUAUAUCAGCUGUGCAAUAUUAACCCUUGCAGUGAAAAUAGCUUGGAUUUCCGAGCCCAGCAAUGUGCAGAAUAUAACAGCAAACCUUUCCGUGGAUGGUUCUACCAGUGGAAACCCUACACAAAAGUGGAAGAGGCAGAUCGAUGUAAACUGUACUGCAAGGCUGAGAACUUUGAAUUUUUUUUCGCAAUGUCUGGCAAGGUGAAAGACGGAACUCCUUGCUCCCCAAACAAACACGACGUUUGUAUUGAUGGGAUCUGUGAACCAGUGGGAUGCGACCAUGAACUGGGCUCUAACGCAGUUUUGGACGCGUGUGGUGUUUGUAAAGGGGAUAAUUCAACUUGCAAGUUUUAUAAAGGCCUGUACCUCAACCAGCACAAGGCAAAUGAAUAUUAUCCUGUAGUCACCGUGCCAGCGGGGGCCCGAAGCAUCGAGGUCCAGGAGCUACAGCCCUCCGCUGGUUACCUGGCAGUCAGAAGCCUCGGUCAGAAGUAUUACCUCACGGGGGGCUGGAGCAUCGACUGGCCUGGGGAGUUCACCUUCGCUGGGACCGUGUUUGAGUACCAGCGGGCCUUCAACCACCCGGAACGUCUGUAUGCGCCAGGACCUACCAACGAGACGCUGGUCUUUGAAGUCCUGAUGCAAGGCAAAAAUCCGGGGAUAGCUUGGAAGUAUGCACUUCCCAAGGUCAUGAAUGGAACUCAUCCGGCCUCAAAAAGGCACAGUCAUGCCUGGAGUACGGUGCAGUCUCAGUGCUCUGCGACCUGCGGUGGAGGUUACAUAAGCGUAAAGGCCAUUUGCUUACGAGAUCAAAACACUCAAGUCAGUUCCUCCUUCUGCAACGCAAGAACCAAGCCAGCAACUGAACCCAAAAUAUGCAAUGCUUUCUCCUGCCCUGCUUACUGGAAGCCAGGCGAAUGGAGCGUGUGCAGCAGGUCAUGUGCGGGGGGCCAGCAGAGCAGGAAGAUCCAGUGUGUCCAGAAGAAGCCGUUCCAGAAGGAGGAAGCAGUGUUACAUUCUCUCUGCCCCGUGAGCACGCCCACUCAGGUGCGAGUCUGCAACAGUCAUGCCUGCCCUCCAGAAUGGAGCCUUGGACCCUGGUCUCAGUGCUCCAAGACCUGCGGGCGAGGGGUGAGGAAACGCGAAAUCCUGUGCAAAAGCCCCCCGACGGCAGAGGAUCUCCCAGAGAACCUGUGCUCCAGCGCCCCGAGGCCAGAGUCACAGGAGGGCUGUGUCUUAGGACGAUGCCCCAAAAACAACCGGCUGCAGUGGGUUGUCUCUUCCUGGAGUGAGUGUUCGAUGACCUGUGGUUUGGGCGUGAGGAAGAGGGAGAUGAAAUGCAGUGAGAAGGCCUUCCAGGGAAAGCUGAUCACUUUCCCGGAGCGAAGGUGCCGCCAUAUUAAGAAACCAAUUCUCGACCUGGAAGAAGCCUGCCAGCGGGGGGCUUGUCCAGCCCGUCCUGAGUUCAGUGUGGCAGCUGGAUGGUAUUCAUCGCCGUGGCAGCAGUGCACGGUGACCUGUGGAGGGGGCGUCCAGACCCGCUCGGUCCACUGCGUCCAGCAGGGCCGGCCUUCCUCCAGUUGUCUGCUCCGUCAGAAACCUCCCGUGCUACGAGCCUGUAACACAAACUUCUGUCCAGCUCCUGCAAAGAGAGAAGAUCCAUCCUGUGUAGAUUUCUUCAGCUGGUGUCACCUCGUUCCUCAACACGGCAUCUGCAACCACAAAUUUCACGGUCAUCAGUGCUGCAAAUCCUGCACGAGGAAGAGCUGACCUUGACGCCCUCCCUAACACCGCAGGGCCAGGGUCUCACCUCUCAC